CUCCCUCUCUUCUUGGCUAGGCGUCUUCCGCUGUAGUUUCAGUCUCUCAACUCCGGCGAGGCUGGAGGGAGCUCUCACAGGGAGGAAGAGAGGGAGCCGGGGCUCGGGCGGGCGAUGCGGACUGAGGCGUCGCCUGCUGCCCCCGGAGCUCCUCUCCGCAGCGGCUGCGGCAGUCGCACCAGUCCGACGAGGCAGAGGUGCGCGGCUCUCCCGGCGUCGCCCGGCUGCUGCUGCUUCUGCUUCUACUGAGAGCUGCCGUGCCUUGGCCAGCGUCCCCUACCGCCACCGCCAGCACCUCCGACGGCUCCAAGAGGAUGUGGCUCCUCGCCGUGGCUACAACUUUCUGGGGAUUGUUGCUGGCGCCAGGAUUUGCUUUGCAAAUACAGUGCUAUCAGUGUGAGGAAUUUCAGCUAAAUAAUGAUUGCUCGUCCCCAGAGUUCAUAGUGAAUUGCACUGUGAAUGUCCAAGAUAUGUGUCAAAAGGAAGUCAUGGAACAAAGUACAGGGAUCCUGUAUCGCAAGUCCUGCGCAUCCUCUGCAGCUUGCCUCAUGACCUCUGCCGGAUACCAGACUUUCUGUACUCCAGGGAAGAUAAACUCUGUUUGUAUAAGCUGCUGCAAUACUCCACUCUGCAAUGGGCCCAGGCCAAAGAAGAGGGGAAACUCUGGCACCAUGCCAGGGCUGGUAUAUUAACAACCAUACUGCUCUCUAGCUUGGCAUUUUUAACAUCAGUACACUGCUGAACUCUAAUGGAAUAAU